AUGUCUAUAACAGAGAUACUUAGAAAAAGAAUAGUAGAUAGUUUCAAUAGAGGUGACUCACAAGCACAGAUAGGUCGAACUUUUGGAGUUAGUAGAGGAACAGUAGUAAAUAGAAUCAAAAGAUUCGAACAAAUAGAAUCUUUGAAAGAUAGAGUAAGAACAGGUAGACCAAGAAUAUUCAGUGACAGAAUCAGAAGAGCAAUAGUCAGAUUUUUGUUAAUUCGAGAAUGUAUGACCGUUCCCCAAGUGCAACAAUUUCAAGACAAUUGUCCAGUUCAUACCGCCAAUAAUGUGGUCAACUUUAUGAGAGCUCGACGUUUAAAAAAUCUAUUCAUACCGGCAUACUCACCAGAUAUUAAUAUCAUCGAGAAACUAUGGGGAAUAGUUAAAAAGAUAACUUAUAUAUUUGAAUACAUCUUACUUUGUACUUAUUCCUAA